AUGCGGCGUGACGCCCGCAGCGUCAGAUUCCUCCUCCUCCUCCUCAUCCACGUUCUCCUCGUGCCUUCUUUCGGCUCGAGCCCCUCUCCGAGGGGGCAGGCGCCUGCGGGGCGCGAGCCGCGCUGGACCCCGCCGAAGGAUGUGCCUGGGCAGCGUGCUGUCAGACCCGCGACAGCACCUCGACGGGCGCACACCAGAGCGGGGCGCGGCUUUGGCUGCAUGCUCGAGGCCACGCCGGCGAACGUCGAGAACGCACAUCACGACGACUUCCGCGUUGUGGUCGGGGAGGAGGUGUUCCGCAGCCUCGCGGGCCCGGCGGGGGAGCCUGCGGACUUGAGCCGCGCGCUGGCCAGCGAGGCGCCGCGCCUGUGGCUCGGCGACGCCGGCCGGGCCGGCGCGAGCAGCGACCUGGGGCCGGGCACGCCCUUGGGAGCGAGGCCGGCGCUGGGCGGCUGUGGCCCGAACGUGAAGGUUGUCUCGCUCUCCAAGUCCCUGGAGUGCGAGGCCUUCGGCUUCACGAACAUCCCUGACUCGACCUCCGACGGCAGGGCGUGUCUCCGCAUCACCGAGGUGCUCCCGGAGGGUCUCCUGGCGGCGUGGAACUCCGCGCGCCCGCAGCAGAGGCUUGGCCCCGGCGACCGCAUCUUCUCGGUGAACGGCGUGGAGGAGGACCUGGUGGGGAUGAGGGACCUCCUCUGCGGACCCACCGUCACGCUCCUGGCGGAGACGGCCGGCGGCGGCCCGUUGCUAGCCGCUGCGUCGCCCGCUCCAGGGGUGGCCGCGCCCGCCGCCGCCUGGCCGCUGGCGCACGGCGGCCAGCCCGUCGCGUCGCCUCACGGCGAGCCCACCUCCCGGGAGGAGGAGGCGAGCACGAGGGGAGAGGCCUCGACCCUCGACCUCCUCGAGGAGCCCGGGCCCGCGACAGGGCUCGACAGCCCCCUCGAGGGUCGCCUGGCUUGGAGUCGGUCUGCCUCGGAUGCCAGCUCCAGCGCGCCGCCGCUUGACGCGUGGAACAGCUUGCGAACAUUCUUGAACGGCGAGCUGCAGCUGGCUGGGUCCUCGCUCGUCUUCGGCCUCGUAGGCGGACGAGGCAGAGGGCUGCACAGGAACAUCCACGAGGGCCGAGUAGGCGAGGUCCACGGUCGGCGCGCCAGAGGAAGGUUUGGCGAGAAGGACAAUCUGAGCAUGGGCCAGUAG